AUGGAUGUCAUUGAGUGUGCUCGUCUUACUGAUAAUAAAUCUGCUGAUACUCCUCUUGAGUCCAAUGCUCGAUAUUCAUCCUCUGAUGGUGUACUAUUGACUGAUCCCACUUUGUAUCGCACUAUUGUUGGAUGUCUAGUUUAUCUUACCAUCACACGUCCUGAUAUUGCUUAUGCUAUUCACAUUGUUAGUCAAUUUGUUUCAGCUCCUACUACAGUUCAUUGGGCAGCAGUUGUUCGUAUUUUGCGUUAUCUUCAUGGUACAUGCUUUCAGAGUCUUUUGUUUCCAUCGACCUCAUCCUUAGUGCUCCAUGCCUGCUCUGAUGCUGAUUGGGCCAGCGACCCCAUUGAUCGCAAGUCCACUACGGGUUUUGUGUAUUUUUGGGUGAUUCACUUAUCUCUUGGAAAAGUAAGAAGCAGACUGUUGUUUCCCGCUCCUCUACAGAAGCAGAAUAUCGAGCUAUGA